AAGGGGCUGGACUGGAUGACCCUUGGGGACCCUUCCCACCUCUGCAAUCCUGUGACAAAGAAAACAAGACCACAGACUGGAAAACGAACCAACCAUUCCCAUCCUAACAGUUGCUCAGGCCGAGAUCCAAGCGUGCGUUGCCAGGCCCCUUCCCCUUGGCUUGGCUUUGCCCAGAACUUACUCGGAAGUAAGUGUCCAACGUCCGCAGGCUUCUUCGGAGUAAGAGACGCGCCCUCCGCCGUUCGCCUGCCUCGGCGCGGGCCAGAGAGGGCGCCCCCGACUCGCCGAAGGGCCUGGCCGGCUUUCCGGGGAGGAGCGAGGCAUCUCGGCCGCCGUUCCGAGCCCUCUUCCUCCGCCCAGAAACAUGCAAAAGGGCAGGAUUUAUUUGACCAGAUUGUGUACCAUUUGGAUCUUGUGGAAACGGAUUACUUUGGCCUUCAGUUCAUGGAUACAUCCCAGAUUUUGCACUGGCUAGACCAUUCAAAACCCAUUAAGAAGCAAAUCAAAAUUGGGCCACCAUAUACGCUGCACUUUCGAAUCAAAUACUAUUCAUCGGAGCCAAACAACCUCCAUGAGGAAUUCACAAGGUACCUGUUUGUAUUACAGCUGCGGCAAGAUGUUCUUUCGGGAAAAUUGAAAUGCCCUUAUGAAACAGCUGUAGAACUCGCUGCUUUGUGUCUCCAAGCUGAGCUUGGCGAAUGUGAGCUCCCUGAACACACUCCAGAACUUGUUUCAGAAUUCCUAUUUACUCCUAAUCAAACCGAAGCAAUGGAAUUUGAAAUCUUUCAGAAGUGGAAAGAAUUCAGGGGAAAGAGCCCUGCACAGGCAGAAAUGUGCUACUUGAACAAAGCCAAAUGGCUAGAAAUGUAUGGGGUGGAUAUGCAUGUAGUUAAGGGAAGAGAUGGUUGUGACUAUGCUCUUGGGUUGACGCCAACAGGGAUCUUGAUCUUUGAAGGGGCAAACAAAAUAGGUUUGUUUUUUUGGCCUAAAAUCACAAAAAUGGACUUCAAAAAGAGCAAGCUGACCCUUGUGGUGGUCGAAGAUGAUGAUCAGGGAAGAGAGCAAGAGCACACGUUUGUUUUCAGAUUAGACAAUGCUAAAACGUGCAAGCAUCUCUGGAAAUGUGCAGUGGAGCACCAUGCCUUCUUUCGGUUGCGCACACCUGCAAACAGUAAAUCUAGCCGGUCAGAUUUUAUCAGGCUGGGAUCCCGCUUUCGAUUCAGUGGUCGAACAGAAUACCAGGCAACACGUGGAUCCAGACUCCGCAGAGCCAGUACCUUUGAAAGGAGGCCCAGCAAGCGAUACCCAUCCCGAAGGCAUUCAACUUUCAAAGCCAGCAACACUCUCAAAGCACCCCAGAUUUGCACUAAAAAUAACCAAGAAGUCCAUAACUAUCAGCCUCCGUAUCACCCAAAUAUGCACCCUGGCCAAUCACACUGGCACCCACAUCCUCCUGUAAAUCUAAGCUAUGCUUUGAACAGCGCAGAGCUUCACCCAUUCAAUAUUGAGGAAAAUGGUGGAACACCAUUGACUACAAAAAUGCCUGGGAGACCCCACCACCACCACCUCCACCUCCACCACCACCACCACUCCAGCUAUGGGGCACUGGCUCCUCCUGACAACAAGGACAGCGGGGCUGGCAGGCAAAGCCCAAACAGAGUAUCCCGGCAUUAUGAGGAUGCUUCUCCCCGUUUAAAGAAGAUGGAGAUGGAGACUACGAAAGUAGUAGGGCCUUGGUCAGCUCUGCACAUCAGCACGAACAAGGGUGAAGAUAGCAAAACUUCAGAGAAGAGCCUUCAUCCUCCUCCCGCGUCACCUUCCGCAGUACCUGACCACUUUAAAUGCAACAUCCUGAAGGCUCAGGUGGAAGCGGCUUUUCGUGUGGGUCCUCAGGUUGGAAAAGAAGAAACUUCUUUGACAAAUCCUCAUAAUGCUUCCAGUCUGCAGGACCCUAAUGUCAGAAAUCUAGCCCCUUUACGGCCAGAGACAACACAGGCAAGCAAUGUACCUGAGAAGCAGGAAGUUAAAGCACCACGGGUGAGGAAACUGAUGAGGCAGUACAGCUUUGAUGAAGAUGACCUUCCUCCAGCGCUUGCAGCAGCGGUUGGGGCAUCGCCAUCACACUCAUCAGCAUCUCCUGUGUCACAGAGAACAAACUCGGAGGGACAUUUUUCAUCAUGUGCAAAGAGCCCUGCAGAUCCUGGAGGUCCCUUUGCUUUGGCACCUGGAGAUCUGCUCAUGGAUUUCACGGAAGCCACGCCGAUGAUAAAGGCAUUCCCUGCUGCUACAUCCAAACCCUUUUUCGAUCCUUUUCCAACACUACCACAGUUUUCUGCAGAAUUCAUAGACAACAAGCUACAAUGCUGUGUAGUACAGUCAUCUCCAAAGAUGUUAUCACCAGUUGCCCCAACAUCUGUGACAAAGUCUCUGGUGGGAACCUUUCCGACGCCAACGGUGCAGACCAUCUAUUCAUCUCACAAACCAAUUUCUCUGGCAGACAGCGCUGAGACUCUAAGGCGGGAACUUGAGCGAGAAAAGUUGAUGAAAAGACUGCUGAUGACAGAAUUAUGAAACUUCUCACUUCUGUCUCAUUCAGAGAAUGGAUUGGGGCCUUUUCGUGCCUUCCGUCUGUUUACAUUCCUUUGCUUGUAUGUGUGUGCGUGUGCAACAUAAUGUAUCAUUACAAUAUGAUAUAUUACAAUCCUGGAUUAAUCAGUUGGCUAAAAGAGUUAAUUCAAGGACUUUCUUUGUAUAUUUGUUACUCUGGCGAGGAUCCAAAGAACCAUGAAACUAGUGGUUCUAUACCCCGUGAAAAAGGGGUUUAGAAUUCAGUCUUUUACCUCAGACAGCAGCCCCUCCCUCUUCCGCAUGGCAAACAGCUUUUCAAACAGAGAGUAGUUUCAAGAGCCGUUUGUAAGAGGGAACUCAGAUGGACUGGGACCAGCCCCUCCCUGAACCUAAGACUCUCUUCAGAUCCCAGUCUAUGAUUCUGUCUUGUCUUUUAUUUCUGCUGAAUGUUAGGAUUUUUAAAAACUACAAAAUUGAGUUGAGGCGAAUUUUUGGUAAAUCUGGAAUGAAGAGGAACACUGGGGAAUACACACACACACACACACACACACACACACACACGGUGUUCUUUUUCUCCUAGAUUUCUCCUAUAUGUAUAUUGCUUUCUAUUAAGAAACAAUAUUCUGUAUAUAUGUUAAUAACUGCACAGGGAUAAAUAUUAUGCAGAAUAUUUUGAUAGCGUAUACAAAAGGUCAUUUUGUAGAUCUGAAAAUUGCAGCAGUCUACUGUUGUUCAUUUGUUUUGUUUUUUAAACAAAUAAUGGCUGUUUGUUAUAUAAUACUUCUACAUGGUGGCAGGGGAAGGGUGAGGAGGAGUUGUGAUUCCAUCUUACCCUAGGACUGUUAGUCUCCAUAGAAAAAUAAAGGCUGCUUUUUUAAAAUUCCAAACUUCAAUAUCACACAAAGAGGAAAUGCACAAACCCACCUACACUUUCAGGAAAUAAAAACCUUGUUAAUUCAAUUUUAUAUUAAAAUAAUACAAUUUUCAGUUAUUCCAGUUUGCUUCCAUUGAUCCCCAUGUUAUCAUACCAAAUAAAAUCAAAAAUUAGAUUUUUAAGUGAAAUUCUAAUCUGCAAACUUCUGCAUGCAAAUUUCAACUUCAAUCAAUUUAUUGUGCAUAGCCAAAGGCCUUUACAAUGUACAGGGGAGGGCAAGGAAAGGCUUUCCUCUGAAAUCACAUGACAUACCAUGAAAAACCACAUUUGAAAUUCUUACAUGCAUAUAAGUUAAGCAUGUAUGUAAGUGCUGGUGAAUAUUAAGGCCUUAAAGAACAUACACUAUUAAAGGUCAAGUUUCUUAGAAAACUUUGUCUUCCCAAUUUUAAGCAGUGCCUAAAAGUGUAGUUCAAUUCUGAAACUACCGUUAGUCAUCAGUUAGAGAAUUUUUUGCUUUAUAUGGUCUGGUAACUCUGUUUUUCUGUUACAGAUAUAACCCUUUUUCUUGGUACUCUUAACAUCAACAAUUAUUCUGGUAGUCCAACAAGGUUACCCAAACCUUAGUGACAGACGAUAAGUAGAACAGGUUCAGGUCUUUCACACUCGGGUAAGCAGUUAAAACUGAAUAUCUUUUGAAAAUCUACUGAUGAAGAACUUGUGAUAAAAAGAAAAUGGCAUAAGUGUUGGGAGGGCUUCUGUGAUUUAUGGCACCUGAAUAAAUUUCAAAAUAGGCACCAAUAAUGUAAAGCGUCUCCUAAACUCCUGUAUUCCUGAACUGUAUUAAAUAGGUGUUGCCACUUGCUAUAUUAAACUGCUGUAUGUCUGAACUCUGUUAAAUAGGCAUUACUCCUCCUACACAAACAGAGAGGGGGAGUCAUUC